CCUCGCGCCACCGCCGCGAAAGCAGAAAGGACGCCUGGGGUGCCGGAAUCCCCUCUCGGUUUCGCGAGCGCGCAAGGAGAAGAAGUUCGCGGUCCAGGACGCGCCUGGAAAAUCGCUGGCAGGUCGAAAGGCAAAUGGGCUGAUGUCUCCUCUGUUAAGCAACAGGUGGCACCCAGGGCUAGAAACUGAAUGGGGAAUUCCUAAAAUGCAAAGCAUAUGGGUGGCUUGGCUGGAUUAAAGCUGACAUUCAGAACAAACACGUAAAUGGAAGAUCUAGAAACACGCAAAGCACACAGGAUAGAGCAGAUGGUAGCAAAAUGGCUGCGUCGAUCACGGGAUAAUUCAGCCAGAGGGAGAGCAUCAGUGAGUGAUGGACCAUCAGAUGGCAGUAGGCAACCUGCAAGUCGUGUCAAACUCACAGUGGACGUUCAAAAAGAUGUGCUACUUGGACAUUUUGGCAUUGAAGUUUCUCAUACUCUUCCCCUUUUCAUCACAUCAGUUGCUGCAGGCAGCACUGCUGAUGGGAAGCUUCUGCCAGGGGAUCGCAUCCUUGCAAUAAACAACGAUGCAGCAGAAGACAUUACUGGUGAACAAGUGGCUGCUCUUAUAAGGGAAUCGCAAGACACUCUCCAGUUUACAGUUCUGCGAUGCACCUCGGGUGGCCCUAAAUCAUCCUUUCUUACAGCGGAAAAAAGAGCCAGGCUAAAAACAAAUCCUGUUAAAGUCCAUUUUGCAGAAGAGGUUGUCGUGAAUGGACAUAAUCAGGGAAGUUCUCUUCUGUGCAUGCCCAAUGUUCUCAAAGUCUAUUUGGAAAAUGGGCAGACUAAAGCAUUCAAGUUUGAAGCAAACACAACGGUCAAGGACAUUAUUCUCACUUUGAAAGACAAGCUGUCCAUUCAAAGCAUUGAACAUUUUGCCUUGGUUCUGGAAGAACAGUAUAAUGUGUUGAAGAUGUAUCUUCUGCAUGAAGAUGAGUUCAUUGAACAGGUAGUUCACAGGAAAGAGUCUCAUGAUUGUCGAUGCCUCUUCAGAGUCUGCUUUAUACCCAGGGAUCCACUGCAUCUCUUGCAGCAAGAUCCAGUGGCCUUUGAGUAUCUCUAUUUGCAGAGCUGCAGUGACGUGCUUCAAGAAAGGUUUGCUGUUGAGAUGAAGUGCAGCGUUGCUUUGCGGCUGGCCGCCUUGCACAUCCAAGAACGGAUGAUCACCUGUGCUCAGCCACAGAAAGUCUCACUAAAGUAUAUUGAGAAGGACUGGGGAAUAGAGAAUUUUAUCUCCCCGACCCUGCUCCGAAACAUGAGAGGCAAAGACAUCAAAAAAGCGAUUAGCUUCCACAUGAAGAGGAAUCAGCUUCUGUUGGACCCAAGGCAAAAGCACCUCCUUUCGGCAGCCCAAGUGCGAUUGUGUUAUCUGCAGAUUCUUGGAGACCUGAAACUCUAUGGAGGGAAAGUCUUUAAUGCCACACUCAUGCUACAGGACAGAGAGUCAUGCAUUGCCUUGCUGGUGGGAGCCAAAUAUGGAAUCAGCCAAGUGGUUAAUAGCAAGCUCAACAUAGUAACCGUGCUGGCGGAAUUUGCUAACAUAAGCAGACUGGAACUCACCAGAGAAUCUGACAAAGUAAGCAUGGUAAAGAUCUACCUCCAAGAUAUAAAGGUGCUCACUGUGCUGCUGGAGUCCAACAGUGCCAAAGACCUGGCUUGUCUCAUUAGUGGGUACUACAGGCUGUUUGUAGAUUCAAGCAGCUCCAUAUUCAUCUGGGGGGAGAGAAAACCUCAGAUGCACCGAUUCUCUGCUGAGGAAGGAUAUGAAUCUAGAACCUGCAGUGACUCUGAAGAAUCUUCCGAGCCGGAUUCCUCCUUGGAUCGUUUCUCAGACACGCAGUCGCCCAAGUACAGCAGUAUUAGUCCCCCAAUUGAGGAGGAAGGGGAGCAGCAAGGUCUGGAGCAAGAAAGGAGGAAUCUGGAGGCCAAAGAAAUGAGCUUUUGCAACGGGUACACCAUAAGCGACAGCCUAUCAGAAGCCUCUGACUCAGCCAACACCGAAAGCAGGGGACUGAAGUCCAGUGGCUCAAGUGACUCUCUGGAUGCCCUGGAGGAGGAUGAUUUAGAAGCCUGCUCAGCAAGCAGGCCAGAGAUUUUUCAGUAUUGUCCCUCUGCUCUUCGGAAAUCGGCAAGUAACGACAAGAUGCUUUUUGGUGCAGAUGGAGAUGAGGGAAGCAGAACAUUGCAAGAAAAUUUCUUUUCUUUCCUCCUGCCACCCCUCAUAUCCAGUCCUGGGCCUCCACAGUCAGAAGAGGAAUCCAGAAGGGAAAAUGGAGUAAGUAUCCUAGAGUCCAAGCUGGCCAAAAGCAACACCAUGGAGUACUACAGCCUCUGUGCCAAUAUCUCUCCAGCCAGCAGUGGGGGGAAGAACACCCAGAGCGACAGCCCUGAGAGCUGUUCUUUGCAGGAGCCCGAAGACCACGAGAGAAUGAGUGAGGGCCAGGCUCAUGUCUUGAGAUCUCCCCCUGGCUUCGAAAACACCAAUUCAGAUGGUAGCUUCGAUGAUGCAACUGAAAGGAUGACCAUGACUGAGCCACAAGCAGGUUCUGGAGUUCUACCCCUACAUCGUUCCACAGAGUUGCCAUCCAGUGGCAGCUUGGAUGAAAACAUCCUGCCAAGGCAAAGCAGAAGGAUGAAACCCAGGCCAGAAAAAGAGCCAACGAGUGCCAAUGAUAUGAGGAAAAGAAGGUCCUUCCUUCAGACAAAUUAUACUUCCCAAGUUAGUUUCCCCCAAGCUUCACCCCAUGCCCUGAAAAACAUUGUAUGUUGCAAUAGAGAUGCUACCAUUUCAGGAGCUUCAUACUCCCCAGCUCUGACUUUAUUGAAAGAACCUCAGCAAGUUUCCAAUCUCCUUGAAGCCACACAGCAAAUCCAGAUGGCCCAAAAUUCAACCUUUUCAUCUGACUCAACAGAAAUGGGGCAGAAUUCAUCACAACCCAAUUCAGUUUUGUGCCUGGCCUCUGCCCAGGCAGAGCGAGGAAGCUUAGGCUCAACCCAUCACCCUUUAAAUUCUUUUUAUAUGCCCACCCAUCAGAGUCACUGUUUAAGUACACCAGAAAUUACUUUUCACCUAGAUCUUGGUCCCAUUUGCAAAGAAAAACCAGAGGAGCUUACAGAAAUACCUAGUGGGAUUCAGGGACAUUGUGCAGUAAAGGCAGAGUGUUCUGUAAAGCAAGCACUUGAUAAAAAAGUGAGUACAACUGAAGCUAUGCCUCCAGGAGGAGGCAGUUAUGUAUUGAUUGAGGAGAUAAUACACACUACUACCAAACCGUCAUGGUCUCGGAGCAGCAUCCAAGACAAACCUUUGUCUCCUGCCUCACACUUGGCCCGGGAUCCUCUCCCUGUAGAGAAAGUUGAGAAACAGGAACAGGUUGUGUUAGAUCCCUGCAAAAGGGUCAAAAGUGACCCCAUCAUGUGUGAAUCCAUCCAGGCCCUUGGAGAUUUAAAGCUUGAAGAAGGUAUCAGCCAGUUGUCAAGUAAGGGUGCUACACAAAAAUUGAGAGAUGACAAACAUUUGGGGUUUUCCAAUGGAACUGAACAGUUUUUCAACUGCAGUGAUAAAUCAGGAUCAGAAACACGUUGCUGGCCUGAUUUCAAUUCAGCAGUAAAAAAUUCAGAAAUCUGCCAGCAAGCAGAUAAUGAGUGCCAGGGAAUUACUGGCCAAAAUGUCCUGGGCAUUAAUAAUUUAUCUUUAAGAGAUGGCGUUCCAAAUCGAGUCUCAGCCCACUUAUCAGCCAUGAGUAUGUCUCAUAAUCUGUGCCAGUCUACAGACGUUGCUGGUGACUAUAAAACAGAAGGGGGAAACCUCACAAGAGGUGCUUUCUUUAUGAAUUAUAAAAAUAAGAGCGCCAGUUCACUAAUGGUUUCCUUAGAGGAGAAUGCAGAACAGAACAAAACUGAUAAAUCAGCUGGACAGGGCUACCCUUCCUUUGACAUUUUGUCUAAGGCUGCAAAGCCCAGUGAGAAAAACUGUACUUCAAAUCUAUCCUUUCUGUCUUCUGACAAUGCAACCAGAGACACAACGGCAUUUAAUAACACAGGUCCACCAGGUGCAGUGAAUACUGAGAAGACAUUUACGCCCAAACAUAAACUGGAGAGAUGCAGCUGCCAGUUAUCUUAUGCAAGCUGUUUCCAUGGGGUAGAAAAUGAGGCAGAAUUAGACGACUCCAAACCCUUUGCAAGUAGCAUUUCUGAGGGACCCUUAACAACUCCACCUUCAACAAGAAACCCGCUGCCUUCAGAUUUUAAUCCCACCAGGCACCUUCAGGAACAUAAUUAUAUGAAUGGGACCCCCAGAGAUUCUCAGCAUCACAAAUGUCUCCCAGAAUUGCCUAUCAAAGAACUGAGCUAUAUGAAAGAAAAAUGGUCGGUCUUGCCAUUUGACUUCUGCCGUUUGUUAGGGAAUGUGGUAGAGCUACAGGAAAUUUUAAGGAGGUUUUCAGGAUACCAAAGAAAACACGCAGAGGAUAAAUGUUCUGCCUUUCUUUCAGAAAGCAAGAAUGCCUUGUAUGUGGAAUCACAGAAACUGCUAUCCAACUGCCAGAAGAUUAUCAGAGCACAUGGGCCUUCCUCAGAGAUGCAAAUUGUUAUUCAGGAGACCUUCCAAAACCUUCUCCAGUUGACAGAAGUAUGCUUACAGUUCACAAAUUGUGGCCUUUGCAGUAGUGGACACAUAGACCUUAAAACCAACCUGAGGGACGUUUUAUGUAGCUACCAACAGUUUUUGGAGGCAUGUAGGCAAGCUCAUGAGAAGGACUACUCCAUCCUAAGUUUAAAACUACGUGUGUGUCAGUAUACGGCCCUCAGUGCUUCCCUUUUCUGCCUUGUACAGCAGUUCAGGGGUUCAUCCUGCACCUGAGGUGGAUUUGCCAAGCUGUCUCUUCUUGCUUCUCCAUUCUUUGCACUAGCAGUACAAGUGUUGUAAAGAGAUCUACUAGCUAUUUUGAAAAUUUGCAUAUUUUUGUGGCCUUUCAAGUUGGCCUGAUAAAUGUAUAACCCUGAGAGAUUCUAAUAAAAAUGGGGGAUGUGUAACAGUAUGGCUGAAGGAACUGAGGCAACUGUUGGGUUUCAUUUGUCAAUGGAUAUUAAUGCUCAAAGCUUGAAUGAAGUCGGGGGAACAAGUCAUUUCUCACAUAGAAUAAUAUGUAGAUGCACAUCCAAAUUUGCCUUUUUUCUCUGUGCCUGUAAGUGAAGAACACAAGAGAUCAAUCUUUUCUGAAGGUCUUUUCAAUGUUAACUGCUGCAGAUAAAUGCUACUUAAGAAUAGCUCAGAGAGAGUGUUGUAGGUCAAACCAGACUGAUCUGCUGAACAUAUUAUCUUACAAUAUUAGUGUGUGCCAAUUUGUGGAAAUGUUGAUCGAGGUUAAAGAAACCAUACCAGAGGUA